UUUGCCACCCCAUCCCAUCAUCAAUGUUUCAACAUGAAUCUUAACAUUUCUUUCUAACUAUAUAACACCCUUCACCUCUUCUUUUCCCUUUUAUUUAUUUUCCUUUUCAAACACAAAAAUAAAAUCAGAUAUCUCUAUGGGUAUGUUGUUGUAUUACCCUGUUCCUAUUCUUCUUUCUUUCUCACUUUCUUUCGUUGUUCCUUCUGUUAUUACAAUGUUCAAGAAAAACAUUCACUCUCUUUUGAAUUUGAAUUUGAAUUUGAAUUUGAAUCUCACCACCACUACAACUAUUACUCAAUCUAACUCUGUUUCUGGUUUGGCUCUUGUCACUGCCACCGCGGAUAACAACCUUCCAAAUGUUCUUGAAUCAACGACGUUAAAUUCGAAGCCAAGCAUUACUGAAAAUUGUCCUGAUCCGCCUUCGAUUGGAUUCGUUGAUGGUUUGAUGUCAUGCACUGAAAGUCUUGGAUUCGAGAGUUCUGAUGAAUGGAGAGUUAACGAUGAUAAAAUGGAUCAUGUGAAGGUGAAUAGUGAUGAGAAUGAUGAGAUAUGGAGGAAGAAGAUGAUGACGAAAAAAGCUGAAAGCAGAGGAUAUUUGAAGAGGUCGUUUCCUCCACCGCUUCCGUCGUUGAAUCGGAACGGUAAACCUAGUUUCUAUCUCCGGCCAGUGAGGAAAAACGGACGGUUAGAGUUAACUGAAGUUAGAAUUCACCGGCCGGAUAUUCUUCAUGCUUCACGACAUGAUGGACGGUUAACAUUGCAUCUAAUACCAGAUCGUGAUGAAGAAGAUGAAGAAGAGGAACAAGAACAAGAACAUGUAGAAGAAGAAGAAGAAGAAGAAGAAGAAGCACAACAAGAAGAAGAAAACAGGGGAAUACCAAUGUUAAGGAGGUGUCACGAAAUGGUGAACCAACAAAAUCUUCAUGGAAACCAUCACAUGAGAAUGAGAAUGUGUGGAAUCAGCAUUGUGUGAGAAGGACACGUGGCGGUUAUAUUUACUGGCGUAGGAAGGAACGUUUGAAUGAUAUUAGUUGGAAAAUUGUGCCUCUGUGACAGAGAUUGGAUGCAUGCGGUGUUGUUUGGAAAACAAUGACAGUAACACAAAUUAUGGAGCCAAAAAACAACAUGCAAUGCAACAAAAAGAAAGAGCGGCAUGGUGGUGAAGGUUAUAUGUGAGCAAGAGAUAUUUUGAGAGUUUCCUACUGUUUUAUUUUUUAUUUUAUUUUUUUACCAAAUUUUGAAAAGUAUUGUUAUAUUAGAGAGAAGAGAAAAAUUGAACAUAUAGGCUUUGUUCCCUUUUGUUAAUUUCCCUUUUACAAUUCAAGUUCCCUCUAGGGUUUGUCUCUUGUAAA